CCGCAUUUCCUGCUCUUUUGUCUGUCAGCCACCGUCCUCACUACGAUCGUUUCAUUCCUUUUUGUCUUUGCGGCCGCGGCCACGCAGCCAUCACCCACGCGUCCCAGAAAGAAUCAUCUUGGUUGCAUCCCGAACUGUCUGAGUUCGAUGGGCCUGGGAACGUGUAAUUGUGUAGCAGAUUAUCAUAAGGUGGCCUUUGUCUGUUGGUCUCGUAACUUGGACGCUUUGCCCCUGUGCUGGGCUAUGAUCUCGCCGCCCACCCUCCUUCUGAGUCCCUGUCAGGUCUUGACGACUGAACAGGCAGACAGUAGAGUCCAAGCAGUGAUCGAUAUCUACCGCCAGAGAGAGGAGACGUCUUGGACAUUGCCAACGAUUGAGCGGCGUCGGACCAACGUCGCGUACUCGGAUUUGCGUCGCCGUGUGGAGGUUGUGGAAGGAACUUUGAUCAAGAUCUGCAUGUUCUUCGACGAUGGCGUGGUGCACAAUGUCGUUGCGAUCGUAGUCUGCGCUCACCAGCAACGAGAGCUGUACGCAGCGUCCCACGACGAUGAAGCAUCCACUCAUUACUUCCUGCCUCGUACGGUCAUGGAAUCCAUGUCGGCCUACCUCGACAGCGUGAUCAGUAAGCUCUGCUAUGCCCUCAUGUGGAUCCAGUCUGGUGAGGGCAAGCACCACGUCCGCACCGUGAACGAAGCCAUUCGUGACAUGCACCUGUCGCUGAGACGCUACAACUGCCAGCACGUCUGCAACCCCGAUGCCACUCCCUCCGCGCACCCCUCCGCGCCCUCGUUUGGCGCCCACGCGCUUCCCGUCCUGCCCGACUGUCGCGAGCUCUGCGAGCCGCGCUUCGGGAUCGAGGACUGGCCGCAGAACUUUGACCACCUGCGGCAGAUCGACAUCAACGCAGCCCCGGACUGGACGGUCCGGGACAGGAACUGGGUGCCCAUGUCCGUGCCGCUGGAGCAGUAUCUCGCUCAAAGCAGAGAGCUCCGGAGGCGACAAAGCGCACCUUACAACCGUACCACAUCUCCAUUACAGAGGUUCCUCGCCUCGUCUUCUCGGGAUUCGACUGUCGAUAUCCCGCCCACCUCGUGCCGUCGCCCGCCAGUGGCUUCCACAUCGACGGACACGGGCUAUGUCUCGGCGCUGCCUGACGCGUUGGCCGAUGGCAUGUCGUAUGGUCGGUCCAGCUCGUCUUCGACGGCUACGUCGGACACGAGGAAGCGGCGUCGACACGCGGAUGACCUUCCGGUGACGCGAUCUCUGAAACGAACGUUUCGCCUCGCCAUCCGAAGAGGAUGCGUCGCUACCAUUCCUGUCCUAACGGCGUACCUACGCUCAAACAACCGGUGCGACGCAGGUUCACGACGCCAACCCUGCUGAGCACGACGUGUGUCGCGCUCUCGGAGGAGGCCAUGGACGUCGAUCACCAUCCGGACGCUCCUCUGGUCCUGCUGAAUGCGAGGCACCCGGGUUACUUGAUGACUCCAGUGAUGAAUCAAGCAUGUCGGCUUCAUUGGUCCUGGACGAGUUGACGCUAUGCAGCGUGACUCGGUCGUUGAACCAGAGGGGAGCCGGUGGCGGUCUAGUGUCGAGAUUGACAGUUCGGCAGACGGUCGUGGUCCGGGGCCGUCAACUUGGCUUCGGAGGUUGUGGAGGAUCUUUGGCUGGAGGGAUGAUGCUAU